CAAAGAAAAAUUUGUUACACUACUAAAUCAUUUUUUGAAGCUGCACUCUUAACUCAAUCUUCUUCUACAUUUCUACUAGCCUACUUUGCUUGCAAGAAGCUAUGGGAACACGAGUUAGAAUGUUCCUAUUUGCUCUUGUUUUCAUAGAAUUAGGAGUUGGUAUUGGGUUGCAAAUCAAUAGAGAUCAGUCAAAUGUAAGCUGCACAAAGGGUGAGCUUAAAGCUCUUCUCAAGUUCAGGGAAUCUCUCGUUGACGAAUCAAAUCGUCUAUCAUCAUGGGUUGGAGAAUACUGUUGUACGUGGACGGGAGUGGGUUGCAGCAAGAGGAGACACACAGUCGUGGAGCUUGAUCUACACAAUCCAUUUUCGUUCGACCUUGGGAUGUUCUUCACUGACAGCAAUGUCACUGCGAGAGAUUUAUAUAAUAGAGCCAGUUUGCAAGAUCCAAGGGCUGCACGAGCUUGUUCUUGAAUCACCGUGGAAUUUGAUAAAGAACGGCACGUUGUUGGAUGUGCUUGUUGUUGAUCACCGUAGAAUUUGAUAAAGAACGGUACAUCGUUGGAUUUGCUUGAUGUUCUUCGCUUUUGGGUUUGAAUUCUGAAUUUGCGUCUCUGACUUCUGAAUCUCUGGAUUUCUGGAUUUCUGGACUUCUGAAUUCUGAAUUUGUGUUUGAAUUUCUGAACUUCUGAAUUCUGAAUUUGUGUUUGAAUUUCUGAACUUCUGAAUUCUGAAUUUGUAUCCUUUGUUAAAUUUGAGGAAGAACGGCACGUCUUUGGAUGUGUUUGUUGUUCUUCGUCUUCAGAGAUGAUUUGUUGAAUUUGAUGAAGAACGGCACGACUUUGGAUAUGCUUGUUGUUCUUCGCCUUCAAGUUUGGAAUUUCUGGACCUUUUGGAUUUCUGAAUCUCUGGAUUUAUGGACUCUUUGGAUUU